UUCACGCCAUCGUGUUUGUGUCACUCCGUGUUACUUUAUGGUUGUCCAGUCAAAAAGAAACACGUGCAUUGUAUUUCUAAUCUAAUCUCUCCUGGAUUAUUUUCAAGCUAUUCCUAGUCAGAUGCAUGAGCGGGGCUUUUUUUCAUGUUUAGAGGGUUUAAAACGCAGAAUUGUAAUACUUUAUUGAUACGGUUGUGAAGACUCCGUGCUAAAUACUGCUAAAAGAUUUUAAACUAGCAACAUCACAACAGCUCCUGCUACAGCAGGCAUGCUAGCACCUAUUAGCAACCUAGCCGUGUGAACGUUAGCUCGUGGGGGUUUUCAUGAGACUGCGUUGCUAAAACAAUGGACGAUUCUGGCAUCAAGAAGCAGAACUGGGACGUGAAGGAAACUGAGUUGUUUCUGGAAAUUCUCAAGGAGCUGGACAUGAAGAAGUGCUUAGACGGAAGGAAAGUGAGGAAUAACAAACUGUUCAAAGUGGCACACAGGAGAAUGACAGCGGCUGGUUAUCACAGAUCCGUGGACCAAUUAAAGUUUCGCUGGAAACUUCUCAAAAGCGCAUACUACAAGUGCAAGCGAGAGCCCGACUCCCCGGCCCCAACUAAAAUACAGGGCUGGUGGCGCUAUGAAAAGACGAUGGUCGCUAUUAUGGAGUCCAGACACCCUCUGGUGGGACCCGGGGUUAACUCUGACAGAAACGACGAGGUGACAGAAGAGUCAGAUGGCGAAGCAUCAGUACUACACUGGCCGCAGCCCUGCCCGGACAAUACCACCCAGAACCUGGAUUUAAUUAUCAAAAUGGACCCAGAGAUGGACUCUCAGCUUAAGAUUGGCUUUAUCGGUGCAGGGAACAUGGCGUUUGGCAUCGCCAAAGGCAUCUUAUCUGGAAAUGUCCUUCCUGCAAACGUCAAAGUUAGUGCACCAUCCUCAAGGAAUCUGGGACGCUUUCAGGAGCUGGGCAUUGCUGUAACUCACUCCAACAUAGAGGUGGUUUGUGGGUCCGAUGUGGUCUUUGUCGCAGUCAAACCUCACCUGGUUCCGCUAGUUCUCAAGGAGAUCACACAACACGUCACUGACAGACACAUGAUUGUAUCUGUUGCAGCAGGAGUAACACUAGCAACGUUAGAGGAGCUCCUUCCUGAGAACUCUGUUGCCAUCCGGCUGAUGCCAAAUCUACCAUGUUUAGUUCAGGAAGGUGCUCUCCUGUUUGCUCGAGGAUCACACGCAAAACAGGAGGACGGCGCACUACUUCGCUCCUUGUUGCAUCGCUGUGGUUUGGUGGAGGAGGGACCUGAAGCCUGGAUUGACAUCCAUACUGGGCUGAGUGGCAGCGGAGUAGCCUUUUGUGAUUCUUCUCCGCAGGUGUAUCUUUUUGCUGAAGCUCUGGCAGAGGGAGCUGUUAAAAUGGGCAUGCCAAGCGCUCUAGCCCACAGCAUUGCCUCUCAGACUGUUCUGGGUGCUGGGAGGUUGUUACGUGAUUCCGGGAAGCAUCCAGCUCAACUUCGCUCGGAAGUCUGCACGCCAGGUGGAACAACCAUAUAUGGGCUUCACACGCUGGAACAAGGCAGUGUGAGGGCGUCAACCAUGAGUGCUGUGGAGUCCGCCACCGAGAGAGCCAGGGAACUCGGCCGAAAGUCAACAGCAGGGAGCAGAAAGUGAUGAACAAAUUUGCCUUUAAGAACUACUCAUUAGACUUUUAACUUGAUAAAUACCCAACAUGGAAACAUGGAACUCCUUUUUUUUUCUCCUCUUCUCAUCACACUCAAAAACACAAACAAGUUGUCCCUUUUUAAAUCACAUUUUCUCAUCUUCUUUCAGUCCCUGUAAGCUAAAAGUCAACAUUGGCUUAAUCCUAAAAUUGAUUCUGACAGUAUAUUAUUAGACCAUGACUUCUGUUUUUACAUGCACUCAAAUAACCCUGUCUUUUUGGAUUUGGAUGCAAGUAAGGUACAACCCAAAUUUGAUUGUACCAGUAUUUGUUGAUAUAUUCUCAUAACGAAAUGCUGAAUAAAUCCAACUUGUCACAUUUACUAAAAGUCAUGUGAGACUCGAAGGCUGAAGGAGAGGCUAAGCGAGUAGAACAAAGCUGUUAUGCAGACCAUAUUGUUCAUCAUCACUACAGAAGCCCCUGUUAUGAACAUCUUCAUUGCUGUACUGCCUUACUGCUCUUGAUUGGAUUGUAAUGUAGAGUCAGUGGAUCAUUUUAAUCUUUUAAAUUAUUAUUAUUGUAUUUAAUAUUUGUUUGGAUAAAGCAUACGUCUAAAUUUUAGGAUAAGAGUAAUCACAUUUGUGUGGCUCCAAUACAAUAAUAGUGUCCCAAGUAUAGCUACUGUAUGGUUGUGUAUAACAUGGUGUAUUGAAAAAAAAAUAGUUCUAAUUUAAAAAUAAGUAUCAAUUUUCAUAAAGUGUCAUGUUAACAGGUUCUCUGUUCCUUAUUUUUCUGUUAGUUUUGGAGUCUUGAAAUCAGCUAUUAGCUGACAGCUCAGACUUAAUUUUUGACCUUCAAAACAAAAGAUAACAAGCCACUGCAACGAUGAGUCAGUUAGCCUAAUAAGAAACAUUAAUAGGCAGCCAUAUGGAUAAAUCAUUUAAGAUAAAUUCGAUAAAUUCUUGUUUUAAUUUGUUUUGGGAAAUUAUACACUGAAUAUUGUUAGAUCUGAAGUCAGUGGUCAGCCAAGAAUCUGACUGACAAUGUAUUUCCCUUUGACUGCGGCCUGAUCCACAAAGCAUGUGCUGUGGGUGUAGAAGAGGGUGGACGAGCUGCUGCGUCUUAGGCCACAUGAAGAGGCCCACCUCUUCCUGCUCCAGGAGAGGUGGGCCUCAGUUGGGAAUUCCUCUGAAAAAGCUUGAGUUUGCGUUUGGGGAGGAAGGGUCUGGUCUCUUUAUAGACUGCAGCCCAGACCUGUGUACACAUUAAAAAAUGAAUGUGUGUGUGUGUGUGUGUGUGUGUGUGUGUAUGGAUGGAUGGACAAAGUCAUGAGUUCACUGAUAACAAAAGGCACCAUAAAACUCUAAUUGUAAUCUUGAAAAAUAAAUUUCCAGACAAGUCCAUUUAGUACCUU